AGAUGUCAGUCAAAUCAGUUAUUACCGCUAUAAUUAAUGUUAGAUCAACCAACCACUUACUAACAUUUCAUAUUUCAUACACCUCGUAAACAGUUUAAGGCAACAGAGCGCUCAGAAUAGGUGGAAAUAUGACCUUGCAUUAGUUAUGGUCGUGGUGUUGACCCUUGGCCGUUGCACAGCACAGCACAAUAAUGGACCCGGGAAAUGAAGACAAAUCCGGCCUAAAAGUUCAGAGACAUGAAAAGGAAGAUAAUCCUAAAGCAGAAAUCGACGGAUCAACGUCGAAGAACUCUCCGGUUAUACCAUACGAUGAAUUCACUGAAGCAGCACGUAUUCAAGAAGAAGAAGAUUUAAACGAUUUUCUUCUCAGUAGCAACGAGGUCGUAUCUGGAGAAGAUGAACAUUUGGAUUCCUUUCCUGUGCUCUUAAAUGACGAUGAGUUUCAGUCUCACGAAAAUGACGUUUUAGAUUUGAAUCCUUUUGAUGGCUUGCCUUACUCAACUAACUAUUACCAGUUAUUAAGGGAACGAAAAACGUUGCCAGUCUGGCAAGCGAAAGAGGAUUUCGUUGUUGCAGUAGAAGAGAGCUCUGUAGUAUUGGUUACUGGAAAAGCGGGGAGCGGUAAAAGUACGCAGAUUCCACAAUGGUGCACUCAACUGGCGAAAGAAACCGACUUUAGUUUUGGUACAGUCGUGUGUACGCAACCUGUAGCGACCGCUGCCAUGUCACUUGCUGUUCAG